AUGGAGAAGCGGGGGGCCCUAGUCCGAUACGGCUGCCGUCCUCGUACAGAGGGGACCGUCACGCACACGGAGAGCACCCGCGAGGACGACGACGGCAGAGACCCACGAGGGUGGCCAGCAGACCAGCAGCACACGGCGCUGUCCUUCCUGCCCAAGAACCUGUUCGAGCAGUUCCACCGCCUGGCCAACGUGUACUUCGUGCUCAUCGCGCUGCUCAACUUCGCGCCCGCGGUGAACGCCUUCCAGCCCGGCCUGGCGCUGGCGCCGGUGCUCUUCAUCCUGGCGGUCACCGCCUUCAAGGACCUGUGGGAGGACUACAGCCGCCACCGCUCCGACCAUGAGAUCAACCACCUGGGCUGCCUGGUCUUCAGCAGGGAGGAGCGGCGGUACGUGAGCCGGUUCUGGAAGGAAAUCCGCGUGGGAGACUUCGUGCGUCUCCGCUGCAACGAGAUCGUCCCCGCUGACAUCCUGCUGCUCUCGUCCAGCGACCCCGACGGCCUCUGCCACAUCGAGACCGCCAACCUGGACGGGGAGACCAACCUGAAGCGCCGGCAGGUGGCCCGCGGCUUCUCGGAGCUCGUCUCCGAGUUCAACCCCUUGACGUUCACCAGCGUGAUCGAGUGCGAGAAGCCGAACAACGACCUGACUCGGUUCCGUGGCUGCAUGUACAAGCGCAGCCAGCUCGAGAGGCAGAUGAACUGCGACGUGCUCUGGUGCGUCCUGGUCCUCGUCUGCAUGUCUCUGCUCUCCGCGGUCGGGCACGGACUGUGGGUGCAGCGGUACCAGGAGAAGAAGGCGCUGUUCCACGUCCCCGAGCCCGACGGCAGCUCGCUGUCCCCAGUCACCGCGGCCGUGUACUUGUUCCUGACGAUGAUAAUAGUCCUGCAGGUUUUGAUCCCGAUCUCCCUGUACGUGUCCAUCGAGAUCGUCAAGGUGUGCCAGGUGUACCUCAUCCACCAGGACGUGGAGCUGCAUGACGCCGAGACGGGCUCCCAGCUGCAGUGCCGCGCGCUCAACAUCACCGAGGACUUGGGCCAGAUCCAGUACAUCUUCUCGGACAAGACCGGCACCCUCACCGAGAACAAGAUGGUCUUCCGGCGCUGCGUCGUGUCGGGCGUGGAGUAUUCUCACGACGCCAACGCACAGCGUCUGGCCCGGCACCAAGAGGCCGACUCGGAGGAGGAGGAGGCGGUGUCCAGGGGCGGCUCGCUGUCCCAGCGCGGCAGCCUGGGGAGCCACCAGAGCCACCAGAGCGUCCGCGUCACGCACCGCAGCCCCAGCGCGCGGUCGCACCGGCCCACGGGCAGCCGGGCCGAGGCCAGGUGGGCCAGCGUGCUGUCCAGGCGCACGGCCUUCAGCAGCCCCAUGGAGAAAGAUGUCACACCCGACCCAAAGCUGUUGGAGAAAGUGAGCGAGUGUGACCGGCGCCUGGCCAUCGCAAGGCACCAGGAGCGCCCGCUGGCCCACCUGUCACCUGAACUGUCUGACAUUUUCGACUUUUUCAUUGCGCUCACCAUCUGUAACACAGUGGUGGUCACGUCCCCCGAUCAGCCACGGCAAAAGGUGAGGGUGAGGUUCGAGCUGAAGUCCCCCGUGAAGACCAUAGAGGACUUCCUCCGCAAGUUCUCCCCCAGCCGCCUGACCUCGGGCUGCCCCAGCAUCUCGAACCUGGCCGCGGCCAAGGCCACGCACAGGUCAGGCUCCAGCUCCCUGUCCACCGACGGCACGCUGCUCAGGCUAGAGGACAGGCUGGGCCAGCCGGCCCCGGCCAUCGCCAGCAACGGCUACAGCGGCGGGCCAGGCGCAGGGCCGCGAGGUCCCGGUCUGGUCUCGGUCUGGUCCCGGUCCGGCCCGCGGCGCCCCGCUCGGGUCUCCCUCACCCUGUUCCCGCCCCGCUCCGCAGACGAUGCCAGAGGCCGGCACCAGCAGCACAUGCGCAGCAGGACGCAGCAGCACCUGAACCUGUACGCCGUGGAAGGCCUGCGCACGCUCUGCAUCGCCAAGAGGGUCCUGAGUCCCGAGGAGUACGCCUGCUGGCUGCAAAGCCACCUGGAGGCGGAGUCAGCCGUGGACAACCGCGAGGAGCUGCUCUUUGAGUCGGCCACCCGCCUGGAGACGAACCUGCAUCUGCUCGGUGCCACCGGGAUCGAAGACCGCUUGCAGGACGGGGUCCCCGAAACCAUCACCAAGCUGCGGCAGGCCGGCCUGCAGAUCUGGGUCCUCACCGGCGACAAGCAGGAAACGGCCGUGAACAUCGCGUACGCCUGCAAGCUGCUGGACCACGACGAGGACCUCAUCACCCUGAACGCCGAGUCGCAGGAGGCGUGCCUUGUGAUCGAUGGCAGAAGCCUGGCGUACGCCCUCGAGAAACACCUGGAGGACAAAUUUCUCUUCCUGGCCAAGCAGUGCCGGUCGGUCUUGUGCUGUCGCUCGACGCCCCUGCAGAAGAGCAUGGUGGUGAAGCUGGUCAGGAGCAAGCUCAAGGCCAUGACCCUGGCCAUAGGGGACGGAGCCAAUGACGUCAGCAUGAUCCAGGUGGCAGACGUGGGCGUGGGCAUCUCGGGCCAGGAGGGCAUGCAGGCGGUGAUGGCCAGCGACUUCGCGGUGCCCCGGUUCCGGUUUCUGCAGCGGCUGCUGGUCGUGCACGGCCACUGGUGCUACUCGCGGCUCGCCAACAUGGUGCUGUAUUUCUUCUACAAGAACACGAUGUUCGUGGGCCUCCUGUUCUGGUUCCAGUUCCACUGCGGCUUCUCCGCGUCCGCCAUGAUCGACCAGUGGUAUCUGAUCUUCUUUAACCUGCUCUUCUCGUCGCUUCCCCAGCUCGUGACUGGGGUGCUGGACCAGGACGUGCCGGCCGAUGUGCUGCUGACCGAGCCGCAGCUCUACAAGAGCGGUCAGAACAUGGAGGAGUAUCGGCCGCGGACCUUCUGGUUAAACAUGGCCGACGCCGCCUUCCAGAGCCUGGUCUGCUUCUUCAUCCCUUACCUGGCCUACUACGACUCGGACACGGAUGUGUUCACCUGGGGGACCCCCAUCACUGCCAUCGCGCUGCUCACCUUCCUGCUGCACCUGGGCAUCGAAACCAAGACCUGGACCUGGCUCAACUGGGUGGCCUGUGGCUUCAGCGUCCUUUUAUUCCUCGCUGUGGCGCUGGUUUACAAUGCGUCCUGCGCGACGUGCUACCCGCCGUCCAACCCCUACUGGACCAUGCACACGCUCCUGGGCGACCCCGUGUUCUACCUGACCUGCCUCCUGGCGCCCGUCGCCGCGCUGCUGCCCAGGCUGCUGUGCAAAGCUCUCCAGGGGACCCUUUCCCCCACCCCGCUUCAGCGGGGACGCCAGCUGGCCAAGAGGUCCCCCAGGAGACUCGGCACCCCCAGAGAGCCGCGGGGCCGCGCCCCGGUGGUGCAGAGCAUGGAGCCGCUGGAGCAGAGCAGCGCGGGGGCCUCUGGGCCCCUCUCCAGGGAGAGGAGGCAGCACCGUCUGGACGUGCCAGGGAAGCGAGGCCGCAGCGACGGCCGCUGGCCCCGCACGGCGCAGCCCAGUGCCUGGGGCUGCUUGGCCAGCCUGCGCCUAGAGGGGCAACAGCUCCCCAAGUGUCCCCAGGGCUCCCCACUCAUUUCCGACCUGAAGGGGACUUUGUGCAGCCCGUUGGCGGCCAAAGCAGCGGGGGCGGAGGCGAGGACAGGGCCCCAACCCCGACCCAGGGCCCCGUGCCAGGCACAAACGGCUCCCACGGAGCAGGGCCAGGCACGGGGGCCACCGGACGUCAAGGCCGACGGGGGGCGCUUCGGCUCUCGGCACUGUUUCGUCACGGAACCUCCAGUGUGUCCGCACCCGCCAGAACGCAAGCCGCAGACACGGCACGUGGACCCCGGCGACGGCCCAACGGCCACCCACCGAAGUCCUCGCAAACGGCGGCUGCAGCUGCCGUUGCUUCAGCCCAGCGGUCGGGCCAGCACCUCGGCCCGCAUGGCCUGCACUGGCUCUGACAACACGGACCGUGGUGCGUCUGACGCCUCCCCAGCCAAGCCAACCCUCGGCCCCGGCUGUCUGCCUGUCGGUGGCAACACCAUCAUGCACCAGCCGCCCGAGAUCACGGACUCGGGCCCCCUCCUCUCACAUGCCGGUUCGGGCUGUAUCUUCAAGGUGGUCCGGACGAGGGUACCCACGAAGGUGCUGGGAGCCGACCGCUCCCUGCGCAGAAACGCUCAGCAUCCCUCUCGGCCUGGACCCUGUCACCGUCCCUGCACCGGGACGUGGGCUGAUGGAACGGCCACCGCCUGGGACACCAGCGGCGACGGCGGGAAGAAUGCGAAGACUCCUGGCUCCCGAAGCUUCCGCCUGGAAGUGACGCUCAGCCUUCUGCUCGCGGUUCCCGAGCUAGGCACCAGAGAGCCCAACCUGGGGAACCUGCUCACGCCCGUGGGCAGCACCCAGAGGGAGCGGGAGCCCCAACACCGCAGACAAACCAAGGCUGGCACCCUGAAAUGUGACCGACCGGGCACCGCAGCCUGGAGGAGUAAGCCAGGGCCUGAGGACUAA